AAAUCAGAACGUCAAUUAGGAAUCGAUGAAGUAACAAAUUUCAUUAACCCAUCUAUUUCACAAACCCAAACUCAAACCCUUCACUCCGCCAUCUGUACUUCCACUAUCUGAGCAACACCGUCAAUGGCGACGAGUUCAGGAUCUAUGGUAACGAUGACUUACAGUGACAUUCCGGCGAACUUCCACAGCACUGUGCUUAUUAAGCGAGACUUGUGCCAAUUGCACGGACCCCCUCUCGUGUUUGUUACCAGCGUCGUCUUUUCAUUGCGCAACUCCCCAACUGUUAAACUUUCUCGGAGGCAGCAUACGGAAGCACGUUUUGCCCAAGAAAUGCCUGUAAAUGCUGUGAGUCUAAGAGGAGUGCCCCUGACUUUAUUAGCAGCAGAGAAAGAAGAGGCCAAAGCUGUUUUAACGUUAUUCCUGAAAAAACAGGGAUUGAGCAAUGCAGCUGCGGCAAGAACCAUAAACAAGUCAGAUCUCUUCAUUGAACACCUUGUCUCCCAACUUCACUCUAUUCAUAAGUCUCGUUAUCUCGUAGGUAGAGAGCUUACGACCCUGGAAAUCAGAGAUGCACUUAUUCCUUACCUUGAAAACCUCCAAAAAGAACAUGGAAGUAAUCUGGUAGACAUGGUGGAGAACUUUCCAGAUACUCCUGCUAAAUUAAACAUAACAGCAGAAACUGUGUCCCCAAAUGUGGUUUUAGACACUAAAAAGCUACCCGAUGUAAAUUUCAAGUCACGGAAGCUUAAGGCAAUGGCACGGGUCAGUGGUUCGGUCCCUACUGAAGAGCUUCCCCAGCAUGUUAUUUAUCUGAUAGAACUUGGAAUGGAUCUCGAGGAAAUUCAGCAGGUCACACGAAGGUUCCCAGCUUUUGCCUACUACAGCUUGGAAGGAAAAGUUAGGCCUGUCGUUGAAUUUCUUCUUGAGCUUGGAAUUCCAAAAUCAGAAAUUCCAAUAAUUCUUCGUAAGAGACCUCAGUUAUGUGGAAUUAGUCUUUCCGAAAACCUAAUACCCACCAUGAAGUUCUUGGAGAGCUUAGGUUUGGAUAAGAAAAAAUGGGCAAAAGUGAUAUACCGUUUUCCCCCCCUUCUUACGUAUAGCCGGCAAAAGCUAAUGUCGACGGUUGAUUUUCUGUAUGAAAUGGGUCUCACCGUAGAGGAUGUUGGCAAGAUUCUGACCCGUUGCCCAAAUAUUAUAAGUUACAGUGUUGAGGAUAACUUGCGCCCUACAGCAGAAUACUUUUCUUUGCUUGGUAUAGAUAUAACUAUUGUUUUGCAAAGAUCACCGCAGACUUUUGGACUAAGCAUCGAGGGAAACCUAAAGCCUAUCACUGAAUUUUUCCUGGAGAAAGGAUAUAGUUUGGAGGAUUUAAGGACCAUGAUCCAAAGGUAUGGAACCUUGUAUACUUUUAGUUUGGAAGAAAACUUGAUGCCAAAAUGGAACUUCUUUUUAACUAUGGGCUUUCCUCAGUCAGAACUUGUCAAGUUCCCCCAAUUCUUUGGCUAUAGUUUAGAAGAAAGGAUUAAGCCGAGAUAUGCCCUUGUCAGAGAGUUUGGGGUGAAGUUGCUGUUGAACCAAAUAUUGUCUUUGUCGGAUUCUGAUUUUAAAAAGGUUUUAAAUCGGAAGUUGAAACGAAUGCAGGAAAAGGUUUAAACGGAAUAGCUUGUACUUGCUGUGUUGUUUAUUGACAUGUUAGACGUGCUGAAGCUUCGUGUUACGUAAGAAGUUUUGUUAGCUGGCGAGAAGAAUGUUUGAGGUGCUAGAUUAACUACUUGUAAAAUAUAUCCUGUAAUUUGGUCCUCUAACAAUCGGAUUCUUAAAACCGAAUCAUUAGUUGUAUCAUAAAAUGGAAGUUUAAUGUGAGCUUACUAUC